AUGUAUCUUUAUCUUUGGAAUUACAUAUUCCAAAACAACAAAGACGUCACGCUACCCAAGUGCCCACGGAACCACCUUCUUCAAUAUAUAUGUAUGAUCAUCCCCCAUUUGUAUCUUCUUCACAUAAGUGCUAACAAAACUGUAAAAAAGAAAAAGUAAAAUUCUUUGGGUUUUUACUGAAGAAAAUGGGAAGAACAGCAAUGGAAGUUGGAGCUGAUGGGGUGGCCAUAAUUACAAUCAUCAACCCUCCUGUUAAUUCCCUCUCUAUUGAUGUACUAAACAGUUUAAAAGAGACUUACGACCAGGCAUUGCGAAGGGAUGAUGUCAAGGCAAUUGUUAUUACAGGUGAAAAAGGCAAAUUUUCUGGAGGUUUCGAUAUAACUGCCUUUGGAGGAUUACAAGGAGGAAAAUCUCAAGCACCUAAACCUGGUUAUGUAGCAAUAGAAAUUCUUUCUGACACUGUAGAAGCUGCAAGAAAACCCUCAGUUGCGGCAAUUGAUGGCCUUGCGUUAGGCGGAGGGUUAGAGGUUGCAAUGUCUUGUCAUGCCCGCAUAUCUACACCUUAUGCACAAUUAGGCUUACCAGAGCUGCAGCUUGGUAUAAUCCCUGGGUUUGGAGGGACGCAACGACUCCCACGUCUUGUUGGCUUGGCAAAAUCUCUCGAAAUGAUGUUGACAUCGAAGCCGGUCAAAGGGGAGGAAGCUCUUAGUCUCGGUCUUGUGGAUGCAAUAGCUUCACCUGCUGAACUAAUAAGCACUGCUCGUCGCUGGGCUUUGGAUAUAUUGGAGCGUAGAAAACCAUGGGUUGCCAGUCUCUACAAGACUGACAAGUUGGAACCUCUUGGCGAGGCAAGGGAAAUACUGAACUUUGCCAGAGCUCAGGCUCGUAAACAGGGUCCAAAUCUCAGUCAUCCUUUAGUUUGCAUUGAUGUAAUUGAAGAGGGUAUAGUUUCUGGUCCUCGUGCAGGCCUGUGGAAGGAAGCUGAAGCCUUUCAAGGUCUUCUACAUUCAGACACUUGCAAGAGUUUGGUCCACAUUUUCUUUGCCCAACGUAGUACUACGAAGGUGCCAGGAGUGACUGAUCGCGGACUAAAACCAAGACGCAUCAAGAAGGUUGCCAUUCUUGGAGGAGGUUUAAUGGGGUCUGGGAUCGCAACAGCAUUGAUUGUUAGCAAUUAUCCUGUAAUCUUGAAAGAAGUAAAUGAGAAUUUCUUACAGGCUGGGAUAGGUAGAGUCAAAGCUAAUUUGCAAAGCCGUGUCAAAAAAGGGAGAAUGACCCAAGAGAAGUUUGAAAAAACCUUUUCUCUCCUCAAAGGAUCUCUUGAUUAUGAAAGUUUUAAAGAUGUGGACAUGGUGAUAGAGGCUGUUAUAGAGAAUGUUUCAUUGAAGCAACAAAUAUUUGCGGACCUUGAAAAAUAUUGCCCAUCGCAUUGCAUUCUUGCAAGUAACACCUCAACAAUUGACUUGAACUUAAUUGGUCAGAAGACCAAGUCAAAUGACCGGAUUGUUGGAGCUCAUUUUUUCAGUCCCGCUCAUGUCAUGCCGCUUUUGGAAAUUGUUCGCACUGAGAAGACAUCUCCGCAAGUAUUAGUUGACUUGCUGGAUAUUGGGAAGAAGAUAAGAAAAACCCCAGUAGUGGUUGGGAAUUGCACUGGAUUUGCUGUUAAUAGAAUGUUCUUUCCAUACACUCAAGCUGCUGUGUUGCUCGCUGAGCGUGGUACUGAUAUCUAUCAGAUUGAUCGGGCUAUUACCAAGUUUGGAAUGCCAAUGGGUCCAUUUAGGUUGUGUGAUCUUGUUGGUUUUGGUGUUGGAGUCGCGACUGGCAAGCAGUAUAUCGAGCAUUUUCCUGAGAGGGUGUAUAAGUCCAUGCUACUUUCUUUGAUGAUAGAGGACAAAAGAGUUGGUGAAGCAACUCGCAAAGGAUUCUAUGUUUAUAAUGACAGACGUAAAGCAAGCCCAGAUCCUGAAGUAAAAAAUUAUAUUGAGAAGGCAAGAAAUAUGUCUGGAGUCUCUGUUGACCCAAAGUUGACUAAAAUGUCAGACAAGGACAUCAUAGAGAUGAUUUUCUUUCCUGUUGUGAAUGAGGCCUGUCGUGUAUAUGCCGAAGGCAUUGCUGUAAAAGCAGCGGAUCUGGACAUUGCUGGUGUUAUGGGAAUGGGUUUCCCAGCUUACAGGGGAGGCGUCAUGUUCUGGGCUGAUUCUAUUGGAUCCAAAUACAUUUGUUCAAGAUUAGAGGAGUGGUCAAAUAAGUAUGGUGGAUUCUUCAAACCAUGUGCUUACUUGGCUGAAAAGGCAGCCAAGGGUGCUCCUUUGAGUACACCUCUGGAUCAAGGAAAGGCCCGCUUAUAAGCUUUGCGUGUAUGGUAUUCAUCGUGCUCCCGUGGCUUCACAAUCCACACGUCCUUUCACUUUUACUGAAUUGAUAUUUGUUCUCGCUAGCGUUAGUGCGAGCAGCUAAAGAAUAAGAUAGCAAAGAAUGAAAUUUGGUUUGUGUUCGAUAUGAGAAACUAGAAUAAUAAUUUGUGAUUCAUUUUCGAGUCAUGGCAUGUAUUUAUUAUUUGUGGAGGAACAAAAAGACAUUAGCACGUAACUGUCACUACUAAACAAAGGGUUUGUAUUUCUCAUGUA